AUGCUUCUAAUUUCCAAGCUACUUUUUGUUUUCUUUCAUAUUUCCUAUGCAGUUGAUACCAUUACCCAGUUUCAGCCACUUCCUGAUAAUGGCAGCACCUUGGUUUCUAAUGAUGGAAUCUUUGAGUUGGGGUUCUUCAAUACUGGUAGUUCCCCAAACCGCUAUGUUGGAAUAUGGUACAAAAAUAUCCAAGUUAGAACUGUUGUUUGGGUUGCUAACCGUGACAACGCUAUCAAAGACAACUCCAGCCAAUUAAUCAUAAGCAAAGAAGGAAAUCUGGUGCUUCUCAGCAAGAAUAAGACUCUUCUUUGGUCAACAAACUCUACAACUAAGGUUUCAAGUCCCAUUGUGCAGCUCUUAGACACUGGAAAUUUGGUACUUGUAGAUGAGAAGGACAACAACAAUCAAACAAGUUUUAUGUGGCAGAGCUUUGAUCAUCCUUGUGAUACAAUUUUACCAGGAAUGAAGUUCGGAUAUGACUUAAAAACUGGUCUCAAUCGGCGUCUUACUGGUUGGAAGAAUUGGGACGACCCCUCUUCAGGAGAUUUUACUUCAGCUAUGGUCUAUACUAGCAACCCUGAAUUGGUAAUGUGGAAAGGCUCUGUUGAGUUCUAUAGGAGUGGACCCUGGACUGGCAUUGGAUUCAGUGGAGCAUUCGGAUUGAGGCCUAAUUCACUUUUCAAUUACAAAUUUGUCAACAAUGAAGAGGAAGCUUACUAUACAUACACCCUUAAGAAUAGUUCUGUGAUUUCUAUAUUUGUUUUGAACCAAACACUUAAUCUUCGUCAACGCCUCACUUGGAUUCCAGAAACCAGAACUUGGAGUGUUUACCGUUCCAAUCCACAAGACAGCUGUGAUCUUUAUAAUGCUUGUGGGGUAUAUGGAAAUUGCAUCAUUGGUGGAGCUCCAAUUUGCCAAUGUUUAGAAGGAUUCGAGCCAAAAUCAUUUCAACGGUGGAAUGCAAUGGACUGGUCACAAGGAUGUGUGCGCAGUGAACCGUGGAGCUGCAGGGUCAAAAAUAAAGAUGGUUUUCAAAAAUUUGCUUCAAUGAAAUUGCCAGACACUACAAAUUCUUGGGUUAAUGAAAAUAUGACACUUGAAGAUUGCAAGGCUAAAUGCUUGGAAAACUGUUCCUGCACAGCUUAUGCAAACACUGACAUAAGGGGUGCAGGUAGUGGUUGUUCCAUCUGGUUUGGUGAUCUUAUUGAUUUGAGAGUUUCUCAAGGUGGCCAAGACCUAUAUGUUCGAAUGGCUGUUGCAGAUAUGGAUGCUAAACAUGGGCGUAAUAGAAAGGUAGUCUUGGUGGUUACAAUCACUCUUUCAUUUGUCCUUGUGAUGCUAUUGGUUUUCUCCUACAUUUACCUGACCAAAAGAAAACAUAAAGAAGAAACUGACAAAACCAUACCGAUGGUAGGGAAAGAUGAAAGCCGACAAGAAGAUUUUGAGCUUCCUUUAUUUGAUCUUGCCACAUUAGUUAGUGCCACCAAUAACUUCUCAAUUGACAACAAGCUCGGGGAAGGUGGUUUUGGGCCUGUAUACAAGGGUACAAUGCUAGACGGACAAGAGAUUGCAGUCAAAAGGCUUUCAAGGAGUUCAGGACAAGGAUUGAAAGAAUUUAAGAAUGAAGUUAUAUUGUGUGCCAAACUUCAGCAUCGAAAUCUUGUUAAGGUUCUUGGUUGUUACAUUGAAGGAGAGGAGAAAAUGCUAGUCUAUGAAUACAUGCCCAACAGAAGCCUCGAUUUAUUUCUUUUCGAUUCAACUCACAGUAAAUUUUUAAAUUGGUCGAAGCGCUUUGACAUCUUGAAUGGAAUUGCUCGAGGGAUUCUUUAUCUUCAUCAAGAUUCAAGAUUAAGGAUCAUACACAGAGAUUUAAAAGUAAGUAAUAUUUUAUUAGACCAUGAUAUGAACCCCAAAAUUUCAGAUUUUGGCAUGGCCAGAAUGUUUGGAGGCGAUCAAAUUGAAGGGAAUACAAGAAGAAUAGUUGGGACAUAUGGUUAUAUGGCACCUGAAUAUGCCAUUGAUGGAUUAUUCUCCAUAAAAUCAGAUGUAUUCAGCUUUGGCGUAUUAUUGCUAGAAAUUGUAAGCGGAAAGAAAAAUAGAGCACUUACCCACCAUGACCACGAUUAUAAUCUUAUUGGCCAUACAUGGAGAUUAUGGAAAGAGGGCAUUCCAGAGCAAUUGAUUGAUGAUUGUUUGGGAGAUUCGUGUAUUGUAUCUGAAGCUUUACGCUGCAUUCAAAUUGGUCUGUUAUGUUUGCAACAUCAUCCAGACAAUAGACCAAACAUGACAUCCGUGGUUGUGAUGUUGACGAGUGAAAAUAUUUUACCUCAACCAAAGGAACCGGGUUUCUUACUUAAAAAGGUCCCAAUUGAUGGUGAACAUUCUUCUUCAGUCAAUGAAGUUACCAUCUCACUGUUAAAAGCUAGAUAG